UUCUCUUCUGAUGCGGACUUUCAUCUAAUUUGAAAAGCAAUCAUUCUAUUUCUCCGGUCAUCUGGAUUAUAUCAGAAAAUUUAAACUGGGUAUUAUUUAUCUAACCUGUGGAGGGCAGCAUUACACUGUGUGGUGUACAGCCUGCUGGAAUUCCAUUCGAAGAAGAAGAAGAAAUUCAUGUUCCGUUUCCAGGGCGACUCCGUUGGCGGGUGAAAAGCGCCAAUUCAAAACUGACAGAGAGUAACGCUGAAAACCUGACGUGUCUGUUUGGAUGAAGCAAUAACUUUUAUUAUUCUAUGCUUUAGCGGUCGUAUGUGCUCUUAUAACAAUAGAGAGAGACCAAUUAUUGCGUGGACAACACCAUGGAGGAACUCUACAGCAAAGUAUUACAGGUUUUCGUGAGGUGCAGGGACACUGAGGAAAGGAAGGCAAAUAUCCGAGUCACAAUUGAGCUUCAGCAGACAUCAAGCCCAAUACAAAAACGGGAUCUUCUAGUGAAGCUAACAGAUGAUAAAGACCCAUAUUUUCUCUUCAACCUCUUCAUAUCAGAAGAAGAUUUCCAAAGUUUGAAAGUGCAACAGGGGCUUCUGAUAGACUUUACAUCCUUUCCACAGAAGUUUAUUGACCUUCUUAAUCUGUGCUACGCUGAGCAAGAUUCAGAGAAUCCAAGAUUUCUUUUGCACUUGUCUUGCCAGUCUCCAGUGCUUGAAGGCACCGCCAACUUCAGUGUUGUAGAAACAAAUGCAUUCAAGCAUCUAAACCACUUGUUUUUGCGGCUUGUCCAAGGCUCCGACAAAGAGGUUAAAGACUAUCUUGCAGUGUGUCUCUCCUCUCUGAAGGCUGAAAAGCAGGCCCUUGAAAUGAAGCUUAAGAAGACUGAAGAUGACCUGUCCCGGCAACUGAGUUAUGCUCAACAGACCCUGUCUGAGAAGACUAAAGAGUUGGACAAACUGCGUUCAGAGUGGAUGAAUCAGACCAGCUCUCUGUCCAGCCGUCAUUCUCAGGAGCUGCAAUCAGAAAGAGAAAAGGCUACAGAGUUGCAGAGCCGGCUUCAGCAGCAGACAGAGCAGCUCCGUCAGGAGCUGGAGGGUGCUCACAAGAAAAGCACUCAGCAGCUGCACAACAAACUGACAGAGCUGGAAACGUCCUGCAGAGAGCUGACAGAGAAAAAAUACAAGAAUGAGUCUGUCAUCAGAGACCUGAAGGUUAAACUAGUGGGUGCAGAAGAGGAGUGCCAGCGUUCAAAGCAGCAGGUGUUGUCCCUCAGGAGAGAGAACGGCACUCUGGACACAGAGGUGCAUGAGAAAGAGCGUUUAGUGAGCCAGUUGCAGAUGAGAGUGGCUGUUCUGGAACAAGAGGUCAAAGACAAGGAGCAGCUUAUGCGCCGCACAAAAGAGGUGCUUGAUGCUACUCAGCAGCAGAAGGAAUCAAUUGAGGAAAAUACCGAAAGUAAAGACCUCCAAAUAAAAAAACUAGAAGCCACUGUGAAAUCCCUCUCUGAGGAGCUGAUAAAGGCUAACAGUAUCAUUAAGAAGCUUCAGGGUGAAGUUCGAGGCCUGGUUGGAAAACUAAAAGUCAAAAACACAGUGACUGUGUCACAGGAGAAGGUCCUCCAGGAAACAUCAGAAAAACUUCAGCAUGUUGAAAAAAGUCUACAAAAUGCUCAUCAGCAGCUCACAGCCAAGGAUGACCAGGCUUCAAAACUGAAGGAGCAGUUGGAGACAACAGUGCAGAAGCUAAAUGAAAGUAGAGAGGUGUUAAAAACCAACGAAAAUGUCAUAAAUUGGCUCAAUAAGCAGCUAAAUGAAAAGCAGCUGUCCAGAAAGCCACAGCCUCCUGAAUCUCUUGAGAAUCCUUCAGUUUUAUCCACAACAACAGGACUAAAGGCACAGUUUUAUCCUCAUUCAGGCAAAGCUGCUGUAUUUCCUGUGGGGAGUCUUGAUGUUACUCCUAAUGAACAGAGAGCAGCGCAGACCGCCAACAGACAGACUGGAGACUCUGCUGGUCUGGACUCAAAGUACUUUGAGAGACGAGAUGAUAGCAUCCCAGUCUAUGGAUUGCCGUCUAAUCUUCACAGAGAGUUCCCUCAGCGAACAAAGCCAGCUAUAGCUUCUGCGUACUUCUCAGCAUGAGUACAGUGAUAUUGAUUUCAGCUCCAUGCAAUUUGCCUAAUAAACAUGUUUUUAAAAUUAAAUUCUGACAAUUAUUAACACAUUAAUGUCAACCUUAAUGUCUUCUUUGUGGGUUUUCACUGAUCAUGGUGAUGUUUUGUAUGUUAUUUAAUUAAAAAUAUUAUUUUCUCAAAAAGUUUGUUUACCAUCCUGAAGUGUUGUAUUUCAUUCUUGUAAUUUUUAAUAAAACACCUUUCUGUCCUUAGUGAUUUUCAACAUUAUUUUAAGUUCAGGUCAAUCAGAACUCCUGCUGGUGCUUUAUGGGUGAGAUAGUAAUUUAUUUCUAGUUGUUACAGUGCUUCCAUGUUGUUUGAUAAAUCAUGCAGAAAAAAACCCAGGAGAUGUUUCAGUUUUAGAUGUGUUAUGAAAAUAGUAAGUCAAUGUAAAAAUCUAUAACGGCUAUUUAAUUUUGGUCCCAGUGAAUGCAAUUAUACAUCCUGACCAGAAACUGCUAUGAACUGUCAUUUUAUGAUUUAAAUACAAUUUAAGAUGGGUUUUUUUUGUCAGUUUGAUCUCAUUUUAAAAAGUUUUAUGUGAAAUGGCCAGAGGUGGAAAAAAGUACACGACUGUUGUACUAAAGUAAAAGUACAGUUACUCCAGUUCAACAUCAAAAACAUCAACUCACCAGAAACAUGACAAAAAAUUAACCCCGGCAGGGAUCCCCGUACAACAAGCAACAUCUGAGCACAGCUAAACGCUCUGCCCAAGGGAAUGAUGGGAAACAGCUUACACAUCCACCAGAUUUGAAUGGCGGUGGGCAAAGCUUGUAUCCACCAAAUCUUUACAAAGUUAAGCGAACACUAUUGGAUCAUUACUGUCAAAUAAAACCUACAUUGAAGACCAUUUCACUCAGAAUGGAGUUAAAAUUACACUCUGAAAUAUUUAACCCUGAGAUGUCAACACUCCAGUUUGCCUAUAUAUAAAAGGUGUUUUGUGAUGUAAUGUGGAAUCAUUCUCUCACUUUGUGCUACUGUUUAGUUAACAUGGGUGGAAAAGUAUCUGAGUAUUGCACUUAAGUAAAAGUACAGUUACUUUGGUUAAAACUUACUUAAGUGGAAG